AUGGCUAGGGUCAACGCUCGAAUCAUCAGAUUCGGUGUAUUUGCCGCUGUGUUGGUUCUUUGUGGCUAUAUCCUUUCCAAGGGUGCCAGCUCAGCCUAUUCCGUCCCUUCUACCGGCGCGUCCUCGAGCAUUUCCACGAACGAAAAGUCAGCGCAGAAGCCAGUGGAGAAGCCAGUGGAGAAAUCAGUAGACAAACCAGUGAGUCCCGCUGCUCCAGCUGCAGCUGGUGCUGCCGUGGUGCCUGCAGCGUUGAACGCGCAGUCAGGAGCCACUUCGCCUGUUACGAAGGGCAAGGAAAAGGCCACGUUCGUUUCCCUCGCCAGAAAUGUGGAUCUGUGGUCUCUCGUGGAGUCUAUCAGACAGGUCGAAGAUCGUUUCAAUAAAAACUUUCAUUAUGACUGGGUAUUUUUGAACGAUGGCGACUUUGACGAUGAAUUCAAGCGUGUAACCACUGCGCUCGUUUCUGGUACUACCCACUACGGAAAGAUAGAACCUGAACAAUGGGGUUUCCCAGAUUGGAUUGACAAAGAAAAGGCUGCCAAAGUUCGUGAAGAAAUGCGUGAGAACAAGAUCAUCUAUGGAGAUUCCAUCUCAUACAGACACAUGUGCAGAUACGAGUCUGGAUUCUUCUUCAGACACCCUCUCUUGGCCGAUUUCGAGUGGUACUGGAGAGUUGAGCCAGGCAUUCGCAUCUACUGUGACAUCGAGCAGGAUCUGUUUACGUGGAUGCGCGAAAAUAACAAAAAGUACAGUUUCACGGUGUCCUUGCCCGAGUACAAGGAGACGAUCAUGACGCUUUGGGAUACCACCAAGGCAUUCAUGAAAGAAUACCCCCAAUACAUCGACGAGAACAACAUGAUGGACUUCAUCUCGGAUGACGGUGGAGAAACCUACAACGGAUGCCAUUUCUGGUCGAACUUCGAGAUCGCGUCCCUUUCGUUCUGGAGAAGCGACGCAUAUCUGAAGUACUUUGAAUACCUUGACAAAGCCGGUGGAUUCUUUUACGAAAGAUGGGGUGAUGCUCCCGUGCACUCCAUUGCGGCGGCUUUGUUCCUGCCCAGAGAUCAGAUCCAUUUCUUCGAAGACGUUGGUUACUACCAUGUUCCUUUCCACAACUGUCCAGCGGAUGAGAAGGUUAGACUUGCAAAGAACUGUGUUUGCAAUCCUAACGAAGACUUCACCUGGAGGGGCUAUUCGUGUGUGCCAAAGUAUUAUAAGGUGAACGAUCUCAAGAGGCCUAACGGAUGGGAGAACUAUACUUAG